UUGGCGAUCACGGCACGUUCCCCUAUUUAUCGUUUUUGAGCCUCUAAUUGGUACAAUUUUCGCUUACAUACUCCCUCGUGUUUCCUUUUUAUGUUCCCAAAGUCCGCAACUUUAUAAAAUCCGCAUUUUCUGUUUGGCAUUUCGACGGAUUAAAGUGGGGUUGGCUUUUCCACAGUUUUAGUAGUCCAACGCGUUCCUCUAUUUACUUGCCUACCCCCUCCCCCUACCUCCUCAGACAUGUCUUCAGUUCUUUAGUCCGCAAUUUUUGUCCGCAAAUGAAGUCCGCAAAUUAAAUACCAAAAAUUUUUCCAACCCUCUUAUUUACAAUUGAGGUCCGGCUUUUUUUCUUAUUAAAAAAUUUUUUAAGAAAAUGCCGCCACUAUUCCAUUUCAACUACAACAAUGAUAGACACCAAAAUAUAUUUAUUUCAACCCCAAUUAUUUUAUUAAUAUUGUUAUUGUUGAGUAGAGGCAGAAUGUUUUCUUUUGUUGAAGAGGAAAAAGAGGCAAAAAUAAAUUUGGAAAAGGAUGAGGCUGGUGAAUUAAAAGGAGGUUUAUUUUUUGCUAAAGAAUUCGCAAUUUGUGUAGUUUACCCCCCAUAA